CCGGAAGAGGCGGGACCGAACAUGAGAUGGUUCUUCCAUCAUGGCGGGAUGCAUGAAAAUGAAAAACGGUUUCACGUCUUUAUUCAUGAUUUCUAUGUGUUUGCUGCUUAUCUAUUCACCCAAAACCUCAGGACAACGGGAGGCAGUCUCAGGGAACCACAGACUUCCCGUCACGGACCUCCAGGACGGAGAAGAGUUCCUCGUGUCCGGGUCCAACCGGUUCUGUUACAAGAACUCUGUGGUGCCGAGCUGGAGGCAAACAUGGACCAGGAUCCAGGUGAAGGUGUGGAGCUCCAACGUGUUCAAGGUGCAGAUGGCGGAGGGCGAGGAGGAGCUGCAGGAGCUCGAGCGCUUCAGCGUCUGGUCCUGGAUGCAGGGUCUGUUACGAGAGCGGCAAAACGAGACCACCAUCAACAUCGGUCUGUUCAGCAAGAAGACCUGCUUCAAGAUCGACCCGGCCGACAAGACCAGCUUCACCGUCAAGGCUAUCAGGAAGUUUGAUAUUUAUCUGUUUCUGGUUUUUCUCUCCGGAGCGUUGCUGUUCGUCUUUGCAGACUCACUCAGCAGGAGUCAAGUGUUCUUCUACUCUGCUGGCAUGAGCACCGGCAUGAUCGCCUCUCUCAUCAUCGUCUUCUUCAUUCUGGCUCGCUUCCUGCCGAAGAAAAGCCCGUUUUAUGUCCUGAUUGUCGGCGGCUGGUCGUUCUCUCUGUACGCCAUCCAGCUGGUAGGAAGGAACCUUCAGACCAUUCUGCGGGAACACUGGAACGUGGCGUUAGGCUACGUGACGGUGGUGGGCUUCGUCACCUUCGCCGUGUGUUACCGGUACGGCCCCCUGGUGGACGAGAAGAGCAUGAACAUCCUGUCGUGGACGCUGCAGCUGUUCGGCCUGCUGCUGGUCUACCUGGGGAUCCAGAUCCAGCAGGUGGCCUUCGCCGUCAUCGUGGCCGCGCUGAUCUCCAAACACCUGGAGCACCCGCUCAGACUCUCUGUGACCGCCUGCAGGCGGCUCAGAGCUGCAGUUCGCUGGAAGACGGAGCCUCGCCGCCUGCUGACGGAGGAGGAGUUCCAGCGGGAGGCGGAGGAAGAGACUCGUAAAGCUCUGGAGGAUCUGAGGAAGAACUGCAGCAGCCCCGAGUUCAGAUCCUGGAGGACCGUGGCCCGCCUGCAGUCCCCCAAAAGGUUUGCAGACUUCGUGGAGGGCUGUCCUCACCUGGUGUCCAACGAGGUGUCGGUGCACGCGCAGGAGUACGGCUUCGGAGGGUCCUUCUUCGAGGAGGAGUUCUUCGACACGGACGACGAGGAAGACGAUGUCAUGAAACCUCUGAAGAUACCGGAGUGAGACGACGCUUUGUGGAGAAUUAAGAGACGAUUUGAGUAUUGCCUUUCAGGAAAAACGAUGAGAGGAGAGCCGCUCUGCGCGAGCUAACGUCCAGAGAGAGGAGGACACGGAGCGUGGUCUCCAGAGAAAUGACAGGAAGUGGUGAGGUCUAAAGACGAAGUGAGGUAGCUUCAAAGGAUGUGAACAAACUCUUUUUUGUUUUAGGGAGAAUCUGAUUAACGGUGAUCAGGAGCGCUUUCUUUUGGAGGUCAAAGCUAAUGUUUUACUGUGUGAUGGCAGCGUGUACGGGCCAGAGAAUGCAAACACUUGAGGAAAUAAAAAGUGGGGUUUUUUCUGAUUAAACUGAUUUAUCUUUUAUCUCAAUGGAAAUAAAUUCUGCUCUGUUUUUCUGAAUUACUGAAAAAUCCCAAAAGAAGCUUUUCCUGAUUUCCCAGGUGUUCAGCCCUGAUCGUUGCAGAUGCAUCUUUGUAAGUCUCUGUAUCAUCAGGAUUUAGUGGUCACACACAGAUCAGAGCAUGUCUGUAUUGGAUUGAGACUCAAGUGUCUCCCAAUAUCUACAAGGGGUUGAAUGUAAAGCUUCUUUGCAUGAAACGUACCCUUCAACUGAGGCUAAAUAUGUGCCUUCGUUCAUUUAUAAAUAAGAAGAUUUGCGAUCAAUAAUCCCCCAUCAGUUUUGCAAUUCUGCUUUAUUUGUUUUAUUGAACAUUUGACCCUAAAACCAAUAAAUACAGUCUCUUUUUCAACUCUGAAAGUCCCAGAUUAUAAAUAUAUAAGAGUCUUUCUUUAAGUAUUUAUCACGCAUUAUUACUACAGCGGUGUUUAGUGCAGCCCGGCCCAUGUUUCCCGUUCAUUCAGAAAAACAAACAGUAUUUAUUUCCCAGAUUUCUCAAAACAUUGAGAUGAAAUAAUCUCAGUUUCUUAAAUAAAUGCAUGACGCUGUUUGUGUUGUCUUUAUCUCAGGAGAGGUUUUUACGUUCAGUGUGUCUGACUUUUGUUUGUGUUUCACUGUUUUCAAUUUAAUGGACAUAAAACACAGGAAGUGUCCCCAAAGUAUUUUGAAUCAAAAAAUAUGAAUGGA